AGGGACGGGACAGUCUCCCACUCGCCCACUCAAUUCCUCCAUCUGUCGGCCUGUAGCCUACCAUCCUUCCUGUAUGGUGGAUAUUAUCUUAAAUUCUUCUUUCUUGGGUGAUAUGGGGGAUCAUUCCAAAAAGAAGUCUGGAAUCGCAAUGUGUGUGGGCUGUGGAGGUCAGAUACACGACCAAUACAUUCUGAGAGUCUCCCCGGACCUCGAGUGGCACGCUGCGUGUCUGAAGUGCACGGAAUGCAGUCAGUACCUGGAUGAGACGUGCACUUGCUUCGUCCGAGAUGGCAAGACAUACUGCAAAAGAGAUUAUGUAAGAUUAUAUGGGAUUAAAUGUGCAAAAUGUAACAUUGGCUUCUGCAGCAGCGAUCUGGUGAUGAGAGCUCGAGCCAACGUGUACCACAUGGAGUGUUUUAGGUGCUCGGUGUGCAGCAGACAUCUCCUACCGGGGGAUGAAUUCUCUUUGCGGGACGAGGAGCUGUUGUGUCGGGCAGAUCACGGUUUACUGAUGGAGCGGGCCUCGGCAGGAAGCCCUCUUAGCCCGGGAAAUAUUCACGCGAGGUCCCUUCAUUUAUCAGAACCAGUGUCAGUUCGACAGCCAACUCAUCGAAACCACGUUCAUAAACAGUCUGAGAAAACCACUCGCGUACGAACAGUUUUGAACGAAAAGCAGCUCCACACCCUUCGGACAUGUUACAAUGCUAACCCCAGACCAGACGCACUAAUGAAAGAACAAUUGGUGGAGAUGACCGGUCUAAGCCCGAGGGUUAUUCGAGUUUGGUUCCAAAACAAACGUUGCAAAGAUAAGAAGAGAUCUAUACUAAUGAAACAACUUCAACAACAACAACACAUUGACAAGACAAAUCUUCAAGGGCUUACGGGUACGCCUUUGGUGGCAGGCAGUCCAAUUCGACACGAAAACACCGUGCAAGGGAACCCAGUUGAGGUGCAGACUUACCAGCCGCCGUGGAAGGCAUUGAGCGAGUUUGCUCUGCAGAGUGACCUGGACCAGCCCCCUUUUCAGCAGCUAGUGUCUUUUUCUGAGUCGGGAUCUAUUGGUAAUUCUUCGGGCAGUGACGUGACCUCUUUGUCGUCGCAGUUGCCAGACACCCCGAACAGCAUGGUACCGAGUCCGGUUGACACGUGAGACCAGUUCAACAUUGAGCUUCAAACCCAGCAUGUUACCGCGUGCCCUGCAUGAGAACUGCCAAAUUCACACAGCCUUGGAUGAAAAUGGAUUUCGUUCUAGCGAUCAACAACUGUGGAUUAGAGGAUGCAUCUUUUUAUGGAAAAACUUGAAGCUUUGGGAUAACAGCUAUUACAGUGAAGGCCGGACUGGACACAGACAUAGUGAGGACACUCCCUCUUAUUGAGCUGACUUAAAUAUUGAACACAUUUGAACAUUAAUCCUCAUAUUGGCCAUUGUUUAUCAUCUUCUGUGUUAUUCGCCGAGUCCCGUGUCUGUAGAUUUGCAUGAGCAGAGGUGACUUUAUAUAAUGUACACUACAUUUACCACUAGGAUGAUGGGAAAGUAAAUGUUUGAGUCAUUCAAGAGUAAAUUAUUGUUAUUUAUUGUUAGGAUGGAAAGAUAAUAAAUAGAAAAGCAUUAUGGUUUAUGUCUAUUGCACUUUGCAUGUAAAUCUCACUGGUGCAGUAAUUCCUUAACAUAUUCACAAAAAUCUUAAUGGCCAAUAUAAAUCAUUUUGAGAAUGACAAUAUACAGUUAUGACUCUCACUGAAGCAGUCUAAA